UGUUCUAAAACCGUUGGAGUACUUACGGAUCUCAAGACUCUUGUAGAUGGCAUCCAAAUCUCUACCACUCAUCAGUGGAGGACUCCUUUUCCCUCAGUACUCAUCCCUUUCCAACCACAACAGCCCGGCAGCUCUCCUCAAGUGGGGAUGGAAAAGAGACCAAGAAGCAAGCAUGGUCAUCAACCAAACCAGAGGCCAAACAUUUCGAAUCUUGGCCAACCCUAAUGUGUCUUCAGGGAAAGUAGGUUUCAACAAAGAAGUGAUCAUGGUUGAUCCUUUGGAAGCCAAGCGGCUGGCUGCCAAGCAAAUGCAAGAGAUUGAAGCUAAAGAGAAAUUCAAGGUGAAGGACAUUUCAUCUUUGAGAAAACGUCAAAUUGAAGCAAUCAAUGGAGCAUGGGCAAUGAUUGGUCUCACAGCAGGCUUGGUCAUUGAAGGUCACACUGGAAAUAGUAUCCUGACACAGUUGGCAGGAUACUGGAAUGCCAUAUUCAAUUUUUUGCUGCAUUAGGAGUAACGUUUGAGGAAUUGCAGAGUGCUUGUCUGAUCAUUCUUUGAAACUGGAUAUGUUAACGUUGCUUCUGCACACAAUCUUGUACGGUUUCAUUUUAGUUGCUACUCAUUAUAUUGUGAAAAUUCUUUCUGCUGCACUCUGUAAUAAGAUCCCCAUAUAUAUAUAUAUAUAUAAUAUAUGUAAGAACAUUGUCCAAAAUCCUCGAUUUAGAACACGUUAAU